CGUAUUUUUGUUGUCCUCAGCACAGAGCAGCACUACUUCAAAGGUAACGCGACACAACUUUGACAUCCUACCUUUAUUUUGAAAGGACAGCAUCGGUCUAUCAUUGCACAGAUGGCAUUCACUCCAAGCGCCUUCUUCCUCCUUUGUGGGAUCGCCGGACUGAUGACUGGAGCUUGGUCCUUGCCUACCGGUAAGAACAAAGAUGGUUGCUGUCCUGAGGGCUGGACUCAGUUGGACGAUCACUGUUACGUCUUCCAAGAUGACCUCCGAACUUUUGCAGAUGCAGAGAGCGUUUGCAACGUUCUUGGUGGGAAUCUGGUCUCCAUCACCAGUUAUGUGGACAAUCUGGUCGUUGUCGCACUGGCUAAAGAAGGGGGUGUGGCCUUCACCUGGAUUGGACUACAUGAUGCCAUUGAGAAGGGAGACUUUCUUUGGACUGACGGCACAGACUUUGAGUUUGAUAAUUUUGCCGAAAACCAGCCUGACUUCGAUGGCGCCUGUGUUGAGCUCUCAGUGGCUGACGGAACUUUUUUCGACAAAGACUGCACCUUCGAGCAGUCCUCUGUCUGCAUCAGAGAUACCUUCUUCUGUGACAGCCACUAAUCAGCAGCGUCUCUUCUGUUGCAAUGUAUACUCCUAAUCAGGAGGACUAUACUCAGAUAAUGUCCAACUUUAGCGGUGUCGUUGUACUUCUGGGUUUACUCAAGUCUUCUUUUCUUCAUCAGUUCUCAAAGCCAACUUCCAGUCACACUCAUGAUUGAGAUCUCAAUGAUAAUCUCUCUAAUUAAUAAAGGAACAUGUCUGCAACAAAAA